CAACGUUGUCGUUGUGAAAAGCGCCAAGCUUAAGUGGAACAACAUUGGAGAUUAAUUAAUAAGCCGCGUUUUGUGCGGCGUUGUUUCACUUCCCUCAUAAAUCAAUCACAAGAACAAAGCCUAGAGAAACUGAUAAACUGAUAAAGUCGCUGCGACAGCGACGGCGACGGCGACAGCGACUGCGGCAGAGGCAGCGCAAUGUUGGCCACGCCCAGCGGCGGCACAGCGCCCACAAAUGAGAAGCUUAACAAUGGUUAUAUGCAAACAAAUGCGCUGGAUGAGCUAAAUGCAACGGUCGUGUCGCCGCUGCUGGGCCAACAGCAGCAACAUGCCCAGCAGCAACAUGCCCAGCAGCAACAUGCCCAGCAGCAACAUUCCCAGCAGCAACAGCAACAGUCACAACAGCAACACAAGCUGCCAACUGUUGUGUUUCUCAGUCCGGAUGGCAGCGGUGCUGUUGGCAGCGCCUUGCAACGCAAUGUUGCAACUGUUGCUGCCACACAACACACAACGGCGGUGGGCAGCGACUGGUUGCUGCUGAAGGAGACGCAACAGCGACGACGUCUCUUCGUCCUGGCAAUUGCAUUCACAGUCCUUGGCGCGGCCAUUGGAGCAUUGGCCAUUUAUUUUGCCAGCUUGCAUCAACAUUGUCAGUUCUAUCAGCGCAAUGAGCUCACGGAUGCAGGCGAUUACAAGACAAACGCAGAAGCUGAAGGAGUGGGACGAGGAGGUGCAGCUGGAAGAGGAACGGCAGGAGGAGCGAUAGGAGGAGGAGGAGGAGGAGGAGGCGGAAGUGGUCAGGACAAUAUCUGCAUGACACAGGAAUGCGUGCGAACAGCUGCUUCAUUGCUGUCGGCUAUGGACUUGACAGCCGAUCCAUGUGAGGAUUUCUUUCAGUUUGCCUGCGGCACAUGGAACAAAGUGCAUCCCAUACCCGAAGAUCGCAGCUCGAUCAGCACUUUUGAGGUACUCUCUGAUCAACAGCAGUUGAUUUUACGUGGCGUUUUGGAAGAACCCAUCGAUGAUCGCGAUAAUGAGGCAACGAUCAAGGCAAAGACCUUCUUCAAAAGCUGCAUGGAUAUACCCCAGAUUCGUAAGAUUGGCGUUGGUCGCUUGGAGCAGGUGCUUCGCUCGCUUGGAGGAUGGCCGGUGAUCGAAUCCAAUUGGGAGCCACCUGCAGGAUUGAGUGUGGAGCAUUUGAUGGGAAUGCUGCGUUUGAACUAUGGAGAAGCGGUGCUGAUCGAGCUAUAUGUGGGUGCGGAUGAUAAGAACAGUUCGGUGAACAUAUUACAGAUGGAUCAGUUGCAAUACGCAUUGCCCUCCAGGGAUUAUUAUUUGAAGGCAAGCAGCUAUAACGAUCGUCAGGCGUAUCACAAGUAUAUGACACAGAUAGCCUUGCUGCUGGGUGCAAAUCCGGCAACAGCAGCAGCGGAACUGCAAGAGGUAGUGGUCUUCGAGACGCAGCUAGUGAAUGUCUCAUUGGCUGAAGCUGAUCGUCAUGACACGAGUGCCAUUUAUCGCAAGAUGACGUUGCAGGAGAUGCAGGCUACAGUUCCAGAACUCAAUUGGACCACAUAUCUGCAAACGGCCUUGGGAGAUGAUAUUAAAUUGCAGUUAAAUGAACCGCUGGUCACCUACGGUCUUACCUAUCUACGGGAAAUGGGACAGAUUUUAAAGCGCACCGAUCGUCGCGUUAUACACAACUAUAUGCUAUGGCGUCUGGUCAUGUCGCUGGUCACACACAUGAUCGAUGAUUUUCAGCGGGAACGUGUGGAAUUCCGCAAGAUCCUAAUGGGCAUACAGUCGGAGCGAACACGCUGGUCCCAAUGCGUCGAGUGGACCAACAAGAAACUGGGCGUGGCCGUCGGAGCCCUCUUCAUACGGGAUAAUUUCAAUCAGGAUAGCAAAGAGGUUGCUCUGGAAAUGAUCCAUAACAUACGCGCCGCAUUCAAUGAACUGCUGGCCGAGAAUCAUUGGAUGGACGAUGAGACGAGGGCGGUGGCCAAAGAGAAGGCCGAUUCAAUGAACGAACGCAUCGGUUAUCCCGAAAUACUCACCAAUGUCACCGAACUGGAGCAGGAGUAUGUCAAUCUUACGAUCGUCUCGGACAAUUUUAUCGAUAAUGUGCUGAGCAUUUUGCAUUGGGAUUCGGAAAAGCUGCUCCAUUUGUUACGCCAACCGGUGGACAAGGAGAAGUGGACUACAGAGCCGGCCGUGGUGAAUGCUUUCUACAAUCCCAACAAGAAUGAUAUCGUCUUUCCAGCGGGAAUACUGCAGCCCUUGUUCUACAGCCAACACUUUCCAAAGUCGCUGAACUAUGGCGGCAUUGGCGUGGUGAUCGGUCACGAGAUCACGCAUGGAUUUGACGACAAGGGUCGGCAGUUCGACAAGGAGGGCAAUAUGAUGCAGUGGUGGAACAAUGCCACCAUUGAGGCAUUCCGUGAACGCACCCAAUGCGUCAUCGAUCAGUAUUCACGUUACAAGAUCAACGAGGUGGACAUGUACAUGGACGGUCGGAUGACACAAGGCGAGAAUAUUGCCGACAAUGGUGGGCUGAAGCAAGCAUUUCGGGCGUAUAAGAAAUGGGAGAAGCUACAUGGACAGGAGCUGCAGCUGCCGGCUUUAAAUAUGACACACGAUCAGCUAUUUUUUCUCAACUAUGCGCAAAUCUGGUGCGGAUCAAUGCGGCCAGAAGAUGCGUUAACCAAGAUCCGAUCUUCGGUACAUUCGCCCGGCUUUGUCCGGGUUCUCGGGCCGCUAUCAAAUUCGAGAGACUUUUCGCAUGCGUACAAUUGUGAUGUCGGUACCACCAUGAAUCCGGCGGAUAAGUGUAGCGUCUGGUAGUACACACGAUCAUGAUCAUGAUCACGGAUCGAGAUCGAGAUCAAGUGCACGAUCACUGAUCAUUAUGUACCAGAACAUAUCUAAUGCUUUGUAUAAGUUUAUUUUUUUAUAUAUAUUUAUAUAUUGUAUACUUACUAUAACAUCAGAAGAAUGAAGGGCGUCUAAUUGUUUGUUUUGUUUGAUCCUCUUGUUUUUGUUUUUUUUUUUUUUUGUUAUAACAGUUAUUACGUAUAUAGCGCGAUAGUACGAACUUAGUAUACUAUAAAUACUAUAUAACUACUUGUAUUUGUAUUUGUAAUGUUAUAUGAAUGCCAUAUCUAAACCAUAUGCAAAGUUAUCUACAUUUAAAGAGCACUCUCAAUUCUCUACCCUGUACUCUUUCGCUCUCUCUCUCUCUCUCUCUCGGAAACGUCCGAAACAAAAAAAAAAAAUUAUAAGAAACGGCAUUAAUAUUCCUAAUAAAGUAAAGUAAAUGAAACGACAAAUAAUUCCGAUAA